AUGACUCCUCCUCCCGGAUACGUUCCUAAAGGUGAUUCUCGGGUUUGCAAAUUACUCAAAUCCUUAUAUGGUCUCAAGCAGGCUUCCCGCCAAUGGUACUCCAAAUUCUCAUCCACUCUCAUUGAGCAUGGUUUUAAUCAAUCAAAGGCGGAUUAUUCUCUUUUCACCAAAGUUUAUGGUUCUUGUUUUCUUUCUAUUUUAGUUUAUGUUGAUGAUGUUAUUCUGGCCAGUAAUGAUAGCAAGACUAUUUCAGAUUUUAUAUUCUUCCUCAACCAGAAAUUCAAGCUAAAAGAUCUUGGUUCUGCCAAGUACUUUCUUGGUCUUGAAAUUGCUCAAAGUUCUAAGGGUAUUUCUCUUUGUCAACGGAAAUAUGCUUUAGAGAUACUUGAGGAUUUUGGAUUUCUUGGUUUUAAACCUUCUAAGUUUCCUAUGGAACCUCACUUGAAACUUUCUCGGGAUAAUGGUGAUCUUAUUGCUGAUCCUUCCAUGUACCGAAGGUUGAUUGGCAGGCUUAUUUAUCUUACCCUUACUAGACCUGAUCUUGCAUUCUCUGUGCAGAUUUUGAGUCAAUUCAUGGAUAAGCAUCGUCAACCUCAUUUGGAUGCAGCUUACCGAGUUCUAAGAUACAUAAAAAAUGCUCCUGGUCAGGGCAUUUUCUUCCCCUCAUCUUCUACUUGUCAACUUAAGGCAUUUUGUGAUAGUGAUUGGGCAGGUUGUUCGGAUUCCAGGAGGUCUACUACCGAUUUUUGUGUGUUUAUUAGGGACUCCUUCAUCUCCUGGAAAUCUAAAAAGCAGCAUACUGUAUCACGAUCUUCUGCAGAAGCUGAAUACCGAGCUAUGACUGCUACUAGUUGUGAGCUUACAUGGAUUCGGGCUCUUCUUGCUGAUCUCCACAUUAGUCAUUCUCAACCUUCUCUUCUUUACUGUGAUAGCAAGGCAACCCUUUACAUUGCAGCAAACCCCGUGUUCCAUGAAAGAACCAAGCACAUUGAGUUGGACUGUCACCUUGUUCGUGAUCAGAUUCUCAAAGGGGUUCUCCAUACAAUGCAUGCCAAUUCUCAGCUUAACUUAGCUGACCUCUUUACCAAGGCCCUUGGUCUUCAGGUUUUUAGUUCUUUGCUGUCCAAGAUGAAUGCUCUGAACACUUAUAGUCCAGAUCAUCCAUCUUGA